GCCCCACCCACGGGAGGCGGGGCCUGCGGCGCGCGGGAAUCGGAGCGCGCGCUGGAGCGGCUGAGUGGCCGCGUCCCUGCAGCUUUCCUGUGCCUCUGGAAGAAGAACGGUGGCCACGACGGGGAGGAUGAAGGUCAUCACUUGUGAGAUCGCCUGGCACAACAAGGAGCCGGUGUACAGCCUGGACUUCCAGCACGGCGCGGCCGGGAGGGUCCACAGGCUGGCGUCCGCGGGCGUGGACACCGCCGUGAGGGUCUGGAAGGUGGAGAAAGGCCCGGACGGGAAGGCCAUCGUUGAGUUCCUGUCCAAUCUGGCCCGCCACACCAAAGCCGUCAACGUCGUGCGCUUCUCUCCCACGGGGGAGAUCCUGGCCUCCGGAGGAGACGAUGCAGUCAUUCUGCUGUGGAAGGUGAACGACAGCAAGGAGCCCGAGCAGCUGGCCUUCCCGGACGAGGACGAGGCGGAGCUGAACAAGGAGAACUGGACGGUGGUGAAGACGCUGAGGGGCCACCUGGAGGACGUGUACGACAUCUGCUGGGCCAGCGACGGCAACCUGAUGGCUUCCGCCUCGGUGGACAAUACGGCCAUCAUCUGGGAUGUCAGUAAAGGACAGAAGAUCUCGAUUUUUAAUGAACAUAAAAGUUACGUGCAGGGAAUUACCUGGGAUCCUUUGGGCCAGUACAUUGCGACCCUGAGCUGUGAUCGGACCCUGCGGGUGUACAGCACCCAGAAGAAGCGCGUGGCCUUCAACGUGUCCAAGAUGCUGGUGGGCGCGGGCGCCGAGGGAGAGGCCAGGAGCUACCGCAUGUUCCAUGACGACAGCAUGAAGUCCUUCUUCCGGAGACUGAGCUUCACCCCCGACGGCUCCCUGCUGCUCACCCCAGCCGGAUGCGUGGAGUCGGGCGAAAACGUGACCAACACCACGUACCUCUUCUCCAGGAAGAACCUGAAACGGCCGGUGGCGCAUCUCCCGUGUCCCGGAAAAGCCACGCUUGCUGUCCGCUGCUGCCCCGUCUACUUUGAGUUGAGGCCGGAGGCGGAAACAGACGGCCCGGCCCCGGGGCCGCUGGUGCGCCUGCCCUACCGCGUGGUGUUCGCCGUGGCUUCCGAGGACUCGGUGAUCUUCUACGACACGCAGCAGCUCCUCCCCUUCGGCUACGUGUCCAGCAUCCACUACCACACGCUGAGCGACAUCUCCUGGUCCAGCGACGGCGCCUUCCUGGCCAUCUCCUCCACCGACGGCUACUGCUCCUUCGUGACCUUUGAGAAGGGCGAGCUGGGAACGCCUUUCACAGAGAAGCCGGACCUGAGCACGCGGACUCCCGAUACGGCGACGAAGGCCAAGUGUCAGACCCCACAGGGGUCCUCGCCGGAGCCCAGGCUGGGGGAGGGCACCCCGGCCAGCAGAAUCCCAGACCCUGGCAGUCCCUGCCCAGCACCCGCUCCGGGGAGGCCGUCCGCAGCCCCAGCGCCCAAAGACCCGCCCGCCACGGCUGCCCCCGCCGGGCCCUCGGAGGAGAAGAGCCCGCCCAGCAGUCAGGCUGGGAAGGCGCCCCCGCCCCGGAGGGUCACCCUGCACACCCUGCAGGCCUGGAGCAAGACGCCCCGGAGAGUGAACCUGAUGCCCUUAAAGACGGACGGCCCGAAUGCUGUGUCGGGCGCUGUGGCUUGCACCCCUCCCGUGGAGGCCCCGCCAGCAGCCUCGCCGGUCAGCGUUUCCGAGCCGCCUGGAGACACGCGGGCCAGCCCCCCGCAGCGGAAGCGGCCCCGCCCUGCGGAGGACGGAGACGGCGCCCAGGGCCCGGAGCCCGCGGGAGACCUGGCCUGUGCGUGAAGGCUGCCUGGCGGGGACCCCCUCGCUCAGAGCAGCCUGACUUCCGGAGGGUCUGCUCCCGCCUCCGUGAGUGUCCCUGGGACACUGUCCCCGCCAGCCUCCCGCUGCACUCCCGGAGCUGGACCCGCGGACCCCGUCCCUGUGGACACCACUCGCUCCUCCCGAACCCUCUGGCCGUGCGGACCCUCACGGGGGUGGUGGGUUCCGGGUGUCUGAAUGGUUAUUAGAUUUGCCCUGUAAACAGUGGUCAGCUUUUGGAAGUUUGUUCUGUUUGCGUUCUGAUUUUAAAGGUGAUGGGGCUCAUUCUGAACAGGAAGCCGGCGUGAAGGGACGAGCAGGCUCGGGGGGGGGGGGGGAGCUUUGUCCUCCCAUCCCCUGCUCUGGC